AUGUCUGUUCAACCCGCAAGCUCUUCUACCUCCCCAAAGGAGGGCAGUCUUUGCAAUCUCGACGAAGCAGCUUCAAUUCUACGUGUCACAUCAUACCACCGCAAGGACUUCGACCUUGCCGUCAUUCACCUCAACCCUCACAAGUUUGGUUACAUUCGUUCUUCUCUCUUCAAGUCUUUCGCCUCUUCUCUCGAUGCUAACCUCGGACGUCUCGAGUCGUUUCCCCUGGAAAUUCUAACCUCGGUCUGUCUAUUUCUCGAUAUUUCGACUGCUUUUCAUUUCAGUCAUGUCAAUCGCCGCGCUCGAGAGAUAGUUGCUACGAUUCGAGAAUACCGUCAGCUUAGCGAGCACGCUAUCGACUGUGUAUGCGCUCUACUUCGAACAGGUGUUGCAUCGCGUGUCAGCAUAACUAGUCUCUAUUCCGCUCUAUCAACGAAGAACUGCCACCUUUGCGGCUCGUUUUCCGGCUUCCUCUUCCUAUCCACCGCUACAAGAUGCUGCUUUUCUUGCAUUGAAACAGCCCCAAGCUUACGUGCUACUUCCCUGGCCAAGCUCUCCAAGGCAUCUGGUGUACCCGUCCGUCAACUCAAGAAAUCUAUACCUACCUUGCACACUCUAUCAGGAGUCUACACUAUGGAGGAAGUGACACGCACACGGAGAACAUUUAUUGUCGCAGAAUCCCACUGUCUUGAUGCGUUGAAAAGAAAUGAAAUCAAAGAGUCGCAACUGACAUUCGACUUGUGGUCGCAGUCGCCCAUUUUACGCUUCAUGGCAUCUUCAAGUCUGCCAUUUUUGGACCCUAUCACGGAAGAGAUUCAAACCGGAGUCUCCUGUAGAGGUUGCCAACUGGUAUUAGAAGCUGCGCCUUCGGAAGCGAGAUUCGACCGCCGAGAGCUCACAACGACUGCCAAAGUGGCACGCUUCGAAUGGGAGAUUCCACGUAUGGAGCGCGAAACCCACGCGUACCGCCUGCUCGAAGGAACGGGCAUUGCGCCGCGGUUUCUCGGUCAUGUUCAUGAGCAAGGGCGGACAGUAGGAAUGCUGCUGAAGAAGAUUGAGGACGGCCGGUUUGCUGGAGUGGGUGACCUGGAGGCGUGUAGGAAGGCGCUUGGCCGUUUCCACAAGACAGGUUUGCUUCACGGUGACGUGAACCGUCACAACUUUGUCGUUGGCAAAGACGGAUUGAAGUUGAUUGAUUUUACGACGAGUCGGGAGACCAACGAUUUGGAGGCUUUUGAUGCGGUAUUGGCGAGCUUGGAGACUGAGUUGGGAGAUGGUUCAGGACGUGGUGGGGGGUUCGAGAUUGAUGAUGAUUAG